UGAAUCAAACACUGACGUAAGUUUAGAGCCAAAACAGAGGCACUUCUGUUGCGGACACAAGUCUGUGAUCUCAUACAGCAAUCUGCCGUGACCCUUGCUCCCGUUAUCGCGGAUUGGAUCGUGUAAUACUGCGAAUAAGCGACCAAAUAGCGCGGUUUGACUGCAUUUGAUUGCCGCGUCUGUCACCUGCUUAUCACAGGUCCUCAACCCCACCCAUUCUGUAGGUAAUCAUCGCGAGAUUUCACUGACGGGGUUCGGUCAAAAUCUCAUGUCUACGGAAAAAAAGCGGAGUUUUGUUUUGGACAAACAAAACAAAUGUGAUCGACGUCUAUUAAGCAGCAAUGAGCCAGCCGUCCAGAAACCAUCGUCCGCAGAGAGAGAGAAAUGGGGGACACUAUAGUGAGAGGCGAGACCGAGAGCCCCGCAGCCGUCGAGACAAUCCUAGUGAGCGAUCAGGCAGUGAGAGGUCGUCUGGCCAGCCGCCAUACUACCCCAGAGGUUCUCAGAGACAUGCGAGGAGCGCUCCUCGAGAGCACCGGGAGUCAAAGUGCUCUUACGUCUGUUCCAGGAGAGGUAUUGUGUUAAUAUGCGCCGUCCUGACCAAUGCGUUGGUGCUCAUCUGCGUGGUGGCCGCUCACAUGUCACAGCUGGGCAUGUCUGCGAUGGGUAUGGGCGGAACGAGCUUCAUUGACGCCAUCAUUCCUUUUGAGGGGGUGGAGCUGCAGCAGGUGCGUGAGCUUGACAUGCAGUACGGACAGAUGAGAGCACCAGGAGUCUAUGGCGGUGUGGCCUUCAGCCUCACCUUUGGUGCACUUUCACUCCUAUUCAUAGUGUCCAGCAGCAAACCCCCCCACAUGCUUCCACGGAAGCUCCUGAUUGGACAGUUUGCAUUCCAGAUCAUUGGUGCAGUGGCUUACGUGGUUGCGGUAGGUUUGUAUCUGCACUUCGUGGUCUCGGUGAACUCAACUGAGGUGUGCGUUCGGCGUGAACGACUGUAUGCUCGUAAUGGAUAUACCUGGAUGAACUGUAGUGUGAAUGGGGGGGAUGCAGCUGUCGCAUUGUUUGGAAUUAUAACCGCAAUUCUGUAUGCUGUUGGGACCUUUUUAACGGGAAAAACAAUCCAGGAUGUCAAUCGUUACUUAAAGGAGCGUGAGCGCUUUGAAGCCGAACACAGAGAACAACCCAGAGGUCCUCUGAAAACACCUCUUGAUCCUGACAAUUAUGUCUGAGUAGUGCAGGAAAAAUAUGGACUGUGGAAUGGAUGUACAUAAACUGUUUUUUAUUUUGUUUGUUUUUUUUACUUUUAAAAUGUUUUUGACUGUGAGA